GCUUUCAGAGACCAAGGACCAUCUCCACUUCCUACAGACUUUCUCCUCUCGCUGUGUCCUUCCUGCUGAUGGAGACUGGCUGAGCUUCACUGUCUCCGCUGAGUUCUCAUCUGAGGACCUGAGAAAGGAGCUGUCAGGUCUGACAAAGAGUCUGAAGAAGAUCAGUCAGUGGGACAUCAUGGCAAGGACUCCAUCAGCUCAUGAAGCUCCAGUUUUCGCCCUCCAGCCUCCUGAACCUCAGAGCAGAGACGACUUUUUUAAAUACUUCUGUACCCUCACACUGGACAUCAACACGGCACACAGAGACCUCCAUCUGUGUGAAGAGAACAAGAAGGUGACACGUGAGGAGACAGAGACUGAUUGUCCUGAUCAUCCUGACAGAUUUGAUAGUUAUGCCCAAGUUCUCUGCAGAGAGGCUCUAUCUGGGACUCGCUGUUACUGGGAGGUGGAGUGCAGUGGAGACCUCAUGAGGAUUGGAGUCGCAUAUAAAGGACUGAGCAGGAAAGGAUGGAGCUGGGAGUGUGUCCUUGGAAACAACGACAAGUCCUGGUGUUUGCUGUGGUCUCAUUCCCAGUACUCUGUGAUUCACAAUUACCAGCAGACUGUAAUCAGCGCCCCCUACAGCCCCACAAUAGGUGUGUAUCUGGACUGGCCUGGUGGCUCUCUGUCAUUUUAUAGCGUCUCACACACAAUGACCCUCCUGCACAGGUUCAACAUCUCCUUCACUGAGCCCCUCUAUCCAGCGUUUUGUGUUGGUCUUCACUCCAGUGUAACAAUCAGCCCUCUGACACCAUGUGACCACUGACCAGUACCCUCCACCGGUCACUCAACAACAACA